CCUGAAAAGAGCUGUGUACCCAGCAAAUGAUUAUUUUUUUAAAUGGUUAACACUAUUCUAAUAAUCAUCAUUAUCAUAAUACAUUUUUAUUCAUAUUUCACUUUUCAUUUUAGUUACAAAUCUUCAAAGCGCUUUUUACAGGAAUAAAAGUGAAACAUUGGAAAAAUAAAAACACCCUCUAAAUCAAAAUAACAGCACAUUAUAAACUGAGAAAAUGGGCCACAGUACUUCUAAUCAUAUGCUUGCCUAAACAAAUAUGUUUUCAAUCUGGAUUUAGAAAUGCAUAUCAAGCUUUCAUUCCUAAUAUUCUCUAUAAGAAAAUGAUCUUCCAUCAGCUGAGCUGUAAGUGAUCCCAGGCCUUUGCUGUAAGCCAACUCAGCUGAGCAAAGUGCUCUGGCUGGGCUAUAUGUCUUCAGUAAAAUAUAUCAGAGCAGACUGUUAAGACCUUUAAAUGUCAUUUAGUCAUUUUAAUUUAAAAGUUUCUAGUUAAAAUAUUUGAAUAUUUAUAUUAUCUUAAUUUAUUUGUGCUAUUCCCCUAUAAAAAAAAAUAGUACCACAGGAAUUUCUACAGGAUUUCUGCAGACAGUGUCUCACCGGUCACUGCGAGUAUUAUGCUAUUAUUAUAGAUGACUAUACUAGACAGUACAAUAAUAUUGUAUAUACGGAUGUGCAUCAUUUUUGAAUGACUGAACUAUUUGUCAGUAUUUAUCCUGCCACUCAGUUGGAGUCAUACUCAAAAACAUUACCAUUACCUACCCCUGAUUAAUCAGCAAAGUUAAUGUGCCUCCAGGCCUCUAUUCUUGGUUACGGGGACUGGACACAGGGUCUGCAAAAGGUGGCAACACAAAUAACUCAAAGAGUACUGAAUCUCUACAAAUGCUGAGACAACGCUUGAACUUAGAAGAGCUUGGAGCUGUAUGUUUGAUGUUUGUUUGUUUUUUUUUUAACUAUUGUUAACCUUCUCCUACCACCCCAGGGUGCAUCACUUUUCUGUUCUGAGCUCAUAUUAUCUUAAAUGUGUUGUUUAUAAGACACAGACCAUCUGGGGAAUGUUGAGAAGAGCUGGGCCUUCUGGGAACGGGGCGCUUUUUUCUGAUUCUGUCGCACCAAACUGUAGAGAUCAUCCAAGGACAUGGAAACAAGUGACCCAUUGAAGUGCUCAGCUCUCUGGCAUCUCUCUCUCUCUCUUUUUUUUUAAGAGGCCUGGUAGCACAGUAGCACCUUUUGCCUGAGUUGAUGGCCCUGCAUUGCUGAAUGUAAUUGUAUUUAAACCUCUUGAAAAACACCAUCAGCAGAUUCCUGGUGGCCUGAGACAGUUAAUCAGUCACGGUUGAGCAAAUGCACCAAAUAUCCCGAGUUGACCUAAAAGGCCAGUGCCGGUCAGUUUUGGUUACAAGAAGUGGGCAAUGGAUCAUUAUGUAAAGGUUGAAGAUGAUGACGGAACAGUUGGAUCAGAGUGAUGAGAUGGGUCUGCUGACCCCCCCGGAGAUCAGUGAGCACCAGAAAGAGGACGACCCCCACUGUCUCCCACACUUCAGACAAGGCAUCAUGUUGCAGCUGAUAGAUGAUCUGUCAUAUGAAGAUGUGAAAAAAUGCUACCGGGGAUCAACCGUCAGCAAGUACAACUCUCAGUACCACAAACUCUUCCAGAACGUUCCUAAAGAGGAGAUCCUCAUGAAAGUGUACUCGUGUGCUCUCCUGAGGGACAUCCUGCUGCAGGGACGACUCUACAUCUCCCGCAACUGGCUCUGUUUCUACGCUAACCUGUUUGGCAAGGAUAUCAAGGUGGCCAUCCCUGUAGUCUCUGUUCGUCUUGUAAAGAAGCACAAAACAGCUGGACUGGUCCCUAAUGGGCUGGCCAUCACUACAGACACCAGUCAGAAGUAUGUUUUUGUCUCGCUCCUGUCUCGGGACAGCGUCUAUGAUGUCCUCAGGCGAAUCUGCACCCAUCUGCAGGUGAAUGGUAAGAAGAGUCUGAGUCUGAAGCAGUAUCUGGAGGAGCCUGGCUCAUUGUCAACGGAUGAGUUCCCGGUGACCACUGAUUUCCCCCCGGUGUUAAAAUGGCGCAGGAAGCCAUCUGUCCCUUCUGUCACUUCCUCUCUGCCUGAUCUUUUGGGGAACUCCACCAGUAGCCUCAGUGCAGGAGAUGCUCCUUUCACCAGCGAUGCCCCACUGGAAGAGAGGCAUCUGGAGGCUGAAAAAAUUCUGCUGACUGAGCCAGUGCCUGAGCUAGGACACAUUGAGUACCAGCUCCUCAAAUUCUUCAUCCUACUUAUUAUACUGCUCAUUAUGUCAUCAUGUUACCUGGCCUUCCGCGUAUGCAGUCUGGAGCAACAGUUGUCCUUCCUCAACACACAGCCUACCUUACCAAUGAGAGAAAGGUAACACAGGCUGGAAAACUGUACUUCUGUUAUCCAUCCAUUAACGGAUGUGAGGAAUUACCCAGGUGUCGUGUACUGGAAAGAAAAUCUGCUCAUCCACCAUAGGAGCUGUAGUGAAGUAGCACUUAACCAAUGGACCGAUAGAGGGCGCCAGAGAUUCCUACAAAAUCUGCACUACUGACUAGCUGCACAGAGGAAAAUAACAGGAAUGAAGACUGCUGGGCAUUAAUUCUGUUGUACCAUUUUACUUUGGGAAGUCUUUCACAUUGUACAACACCAUGACUAAAAGACUAAGGACACAUUAGGACAAUAGAACACAUUGUCAUUUCCUUUAAUAUUUCACAUGCCAAUCAUUUCUAGACUUUGAAAUGCCACCAUGGUGCCAGUGCAUGUUUACUUUACUGGAGAAUUUACACAAGGAUCUUUGCUUGGGAAACUGUAUAGUGAAGGAAAACAUUUCAGAUAACAACAUCAGUCACUCAUUUCACCCCAAACAAUAGAUUUGCCUUAAUCAUAUGAGUGUCAUUCUGUUUCUGUUUGACAGCCCCAUAGUGACUAAUAUGGAUGAAGGGUUGAUGUAUUGUCAGUGAUGUGUCUGUUGAAUGUCUUGUGAGAUUCGGAAUGUUUCUUUGACGGCCGACCUGAAACGAGCUGAGUCGACUGUAGGAGCAGACAGAAUUACAGUGUGGUACCACUGCAAAGACACAAAGCAUGAGGUGUCGAGAUUAAUGGCAAUCAUGCAAUUAAGUUAACAGCAAAAUGAGUUUGCCUGUCAUUGUAUGAUCGUGCCUACUAACUUUGCUCUUGAUGUACUAAAUGUCGUCAUAGGAAAUGGUUACAUGUAGCAAUGUACUUGAAAUAUGCUGUUGCAUUUCAGGCAUGGUUAAACAUACAAACCCAAUUUUAAAGAAGUUGAAACGGGAGAUAGAAAAAUAGGAAAGAGUGAUUUGUGAACUGUCUUUUAUGAGUGUUGAAUUGAAAACUGCACAGAGAAGAGAUAUUUAAUAUUUUACCUUUAGAAACAUUUACCUUCUCACUGAUAUUUGUAAAUAUAUACUAAUUCCAAGUUUGAACCUUUUCACAGGUAAACAGGUGAAUAGGUAACAGCUGAUGCCAUCAUAAGCAUUCACAAAAGGCUGACUAUACGCGUGUAGUUCAACAGUUUAAGAACGUUUUUCAGUGCAUGAUUGCAAAGAAAUUUAGGAAUUUCAUCAUCUACAGUCCUAAACAUUAUUAGAUGCUUCAGAGAAUCUGGAGAAAUCUCAUAAAGGACACGGCCGAAAACCAAUAUUGAAUGCCCAUGACCUUUGUCACUGCAUUAAAAACUAACAUGCUUCACUAAUGAAUAUAACCACAUGGGCUCAAAAAUACUUCAAAAAAACCCUUGUCAGUAACCACAGUUUGCGACUGCAUCUACAAAAGCAGUCCAGACCUGUCUCCCAUUGAAAGCAUGUGGCACAUCAUGAUUCACAGUAUACAACAACAGAGACCUCUGACUAUUGAGUGGCUGGAGUAUUAUAUCAAGGAAGAAUGGGAAAAAAUUCCACUUUCACAGCUACAACAAUGGGUGUCCACAGUUCCUACACGAUUACUGACCAUUGUUGAAAUGUUGUUAGGAACAGGUUGCAGGCAACGGAUGCAGGCAGUGUUUUUAUUGACAUUUUUUCUACUGUCCCAAUUUUUUUGGAAUUGGGUUUGUACUAGAGAAUGUAGUAGAUAGAUGAAUGGAGAGAGUGUGCGUUCAAGUGCACAUUCACUAUAUUUAUUUGUGUGAUAUUUUGUACAGAAACAUAGAGAAAUUUUAUCUCGAUGAAAAUAUAUGCUCACAGUGUACAGCAUAGAGUUUUUUAACUGUCAAACACUCAUUGUUUAGAUAGCAAUGACUAAUAAACUGCUUUAACUAGU